AGAACUCCCAUUCUUGGUCAGACUGGGCCUCCAGAGGGACCCGGCUUGACGCGGCAGUUCCGGCAAUGUUGGCAGCGCCAUCUAGGCGCCUAAAGGUCUUCUUAGUGUUUUGGAUCCAGUCUCGAACCUGCUCGGGCUUGCUGACAUCGACCACUGUGGCUUCAACACGAAUACCUGGAUUGGAAGUCUUCAGCUCUUCGGCAACGGCUUUGAGGGCUUCUGUCUGGACGUCAGAUAUCGCCAAUGAUGCUCCUCUGCUGGCCAGGUAAACAGCAGUAGCUCGGCUUAUUCCACUAGCCGCUCCAGUGAUUGCGAUGGUUUUAUUAUUGACAGACAUGAUAAUGGAAAAUAUGGAUUCCGUAUGGAC